CGGCCCUUUGAUGUCGUCGAUCGUGUACUUCAAGUUCAAGGCGAAUGUCAAGACCGAUUCAAUUCCGUUCGAUGGCUCCUCCAUCUCCGUGAAAGACCUGAAAAACGCUAUACGAACUAAGUGUUGUCUGCAUUCGACCGAUUUCGAUUUGAAACUUGAAGAUACUAACGGCAAAUGUAACUCGUCGACUUUCUCGCUUACCCGUUCUUAGCAUACAACAAAGAUGACGAGCUUAUUCCCAAAUAUACCAGCAUUGUUGUGAGGCGAGUUCCGAAAUUAACUACUGAGGUUCAGAAGAAAAAACCGUAUGUUCCCUUCUUUCCCCGUGCUCACUACUCUUAGCAGAACCCCUGAUGACCUGCCGUGGCGAGAGAGCGUUAAGAAUGCGACAGCUGCCAAUCCACAGGUGCCGAAGCACGUCAAUCUCGCAGACUCGGACCUUCCAGAAGAGGAGAAAAUAAAAAUCAUGAUGGAACGGUCCUCAGAGGCCUAUUCCGAGAAAAAUUUUGCCGUCAAACCAAAACCCUACGGAGUUCCACCCGCAGCCUAUAUUUGCCACAAAUGUGGUCUUCCGGGGCAUUGGAUUCACAACUGCCCAGGAGUUCGUGACAAAACGGGAAAGAUGAUGGAUGUCAAGUCCGUAAAACGCCCCACCGGUAUCCCUCAGGAUUUCUUGCUGGAGGUUGAUGCUGGAACGCCAGGAGCAUACCUUGGGAAGUCAGGGAAGUACAUGGUGCCUAUAAAAGAUGCUGAAGCAUAUGCACAAGGGAAAAAGGACAAAAGGCCGUUUUCUCUCGAGGAGAAUCCACCAUACGUUCCAUCCGAACGAAAACCACCAAAACAGUUCAUCUGCCCUCUGUGCAACGACAUGUUCCGGGAUGCUGUUCUGGUGUCGUGCUGUGGUACCACUUAUUGCAAUGAAUGUAUUUUGGGGCACGUAUUUGACUCUCAGGUUCUUGGUUCACACAAGUGCCCAAACUGUGGGGCAGUUCUCACUGACCAUGAAUCAAGUGUUUUUGAAAACGCCCUUGUUCGAAGCAUGAUUCGUGAUUGGUUAGCCAACGAAGCAGCUUUGCCGGAUUCUGAUGCCAGUGCUCUCCAGCCCGAUAUAUUCAAAAUGAACAUAACAGAGAAGGCAUUUAUCAAUAACCGACGGGUUUUGAAGCCCAAACAAGCUUUGAGUUCCACGCCAGCACCCGCAGGAAAACAAUCUGACUCAACUUCGGAGAUUCAGAAGACUACUGCCUCACCAGUAGCGCCUUCUGAGGACGUGACAACCGUGGAGAAUGUGGUCUCUUCAGCAUCCACUACUGCAGCCCCCUCAUCCAGUGACUCCAUUCCUGUUUCCUCCACUGCCUCUCUUUCUCCACCCAUUGACUCAGAAAAUGUUGAACUCAAUGUUGAAAAUACUCACGCUCAUGUUGUACAAUCUAAUACAUGUACUGCUGUGGUUGCAAGUGCGCCUUGUACCACGUUAGUGGGAUCUAGCAGACAACCUCUGUUAGGUUCUACUUCCGGUCUUUCAAGUUCACGAUUUCCCUGUAUAAGUUAUUCCAGUUCCACGGCAGUAGUGCCAACCAUUCUACCGAGUAUUAGUGGCGGUAGUAAUCCACUGCUUAACGCACUCUAUAAUCUGCAUGUAGAAAAUCUACAGCCAGUGGCCGCUCCACAAGUUGUUCUGCCUAUGCCUUUUCAAGGUCCCCUUAUUGGUGGCCCUGAGUGGGCGGGUAGCUCAGCGCUGGCUGUCUCAGUCCCUCAACCCACUGGUUUAGUCGAUCCGCUUCUUCAAGUAACUAGUAAUCAGUCUGCCUACGGUCUAACAUCUGGGCAGCCCAUUCCCGGAAGCCUCAACCCCGCUCCUCUCCAGGCUUUAGAUGGACACAAAGUUCUCUCAAAAGAAGAAUUCUAUCGGCUGAAAAUGGAGAUGCUUCACUCGGCUCGUAUAAGGCAUCGACAUCGCUCAAGAUCACGAUCACGUAGCCCAUCUCGUUCAUACCGUCGAACAAUGCGUGAGCCUCACGAGUCGCUCUCACGCCGGCAUGAUCGGAGUAGUUGGGAACGCAGAGUUCAUCGACGUUCUCCUGGUCGUGAUUACGAAUACGAUGAAUAUCGACGUCGUUUCGAUCGAGCUCAGUAUCGUGAUUCUAGAUCCGAUCGAAUGCAAACGUCGCGCCUCAGAUACCGUUCAAACGAACCGGGCCAAGUAGAUAGUGAACCUGACAGGGAUCACAUCUUAGAAAGACGGUAUGUUAGAGACAAACAUGCAAGGACUUCUAACGAACUUCGCCAUGGAUCUCAACAUGAGGGACGUUCGGUGCGUUGCAGAUCUCGUUCAGAUUCUAGAUCACCUAUCCAUCGAACCUAUCGUGAUCAGAGUGGACGCUAUCUUGAACCAGACUUGAACCCAAGAAACAUACGAGAUACCCAGGCCCCACGAGCCAGUAUUAGCCCGGUACCAAUCUCCGUCGUGCCACAGUAUGAUGAAACUUCAGAACCGGAAUCAGUUGAUUCUAAGGUGGUGUCUCAUCAGGAAAACGGUCCCGAAGAAUUUCAAGAUCACGUUCAUCGUGAUUCUGAUGACCGUGAUAGUACGCCCUUAUGGAUCGAGGCCCCUGCAACAAAUUCUGUAGCAGCCAAAAAUGGCGGAUCACUUCCUCAUACCGGUGAAGUGGCUGGAGAAAUGCUGACCGAGAAGAGAAACAAGAAGGAGAAAAAACACAAGAAGCACAAGCACAAACACCGAUCUGAGAAAAAAAAGGAAAAACGGUCGCGCAUUUUACAAGCUCUUGAAGCAAAUCCUGAGUUGUGGGUCACAAGUGACCAUCCGGCGCAGGAUGCUGGGGAUCAGAAUGCAACCGUUGCUGAGGCCGUGUCAAAGAAGCACAAGAAGCACAAAAAGCAUAAACACGAGGAUAAACUCAAAAAGAGAGCGCACAGUGAAAAACACCAGGUUGCCACCGAAACUACUUUACCAUUUUGA